ACAGAAUUUGUAACUCAAAAGGGGAACCCACACAGAAACCUUAGAACUAAGAAAAAAUGGAAUCGGCGCUCAAGGAGAAGAUCGAAGAAACGGUGAUAGAGAUUCUCAGGGGAUCGAAUAUGGAUGAAGCAACAGAAUUCAAGAUUCGUAAAUCUGCUUCUGAGAAGCUCGGUAUCGAUCUCUCUGUCCCCGAACGAAAGAAGUUUGUUCGUCAAGUCGUAGAAGCUUUUCUCUUAGAACAACAGGCCAAGGAGGCGGCAAAUGCCGCAGUAGAAGAAGAAGAACAACAAGCUGAUGAUGAACCGGAAAAGGAAAUGGAAAUGAAAAAGGAAGUUGAAGAGGAGGUGGAGGAGGAGGAGGAAGAAGAAGAUGUGAAACCAAAGAUUGUCGGUGAAAAAGAAUUCGAUGAUGAAGGUGAUCUCAUCAUUUGUAGGUUAUCUGAUAAGAGGAGAGUGACGAUUCAGGAUUUCAGAGGUAAAACUUUGGUGUCUAUAAGGGAGUAUUAUAAAGUAGAUGGAAAGGAUCGACCUUCUGCAAAAGGAAUAAGUUUGACAGUAGAGCAAUGGUCGGCUUUGAAGGACAAUGUAUCUGAAAUUGAGAAAGUCAUCAGUAAGAUGCAGUGUAGAUUGGAGUAGUCCAGGUUUGGUUUUUGAAGAUGCAACUAAGUAAGUAAGUCGAAUAUCGAAACUGAUCGAUUAUCGCUUUUCAUGUUAAUUCUCUUUUUUGUUGUUCUGAAAUGGAGCAAACAAUUUAACCUUAUGUGUUAGUUUUUGUUAUGAAUGUAUUUUCUUCUCUACCAGUGAGCACUUUUUGUU